GCCGGGUGCGAGAAGGAUCCGGUUGUCACCGAGGGCGUGGUGCAAGGCUUCCCCGCGGCCGUGGCUGCCAUUGGUUUCUCCUGCCAGCGGAGGCUGGGCUAGAGGCACGGCCAGGGAGUGGGAGGGAAAGUUGUUGCCUGCGCCAUGUAGUUCUCACUCGGCUGUGGAGUUUGCGCUGGACCGGCUGGAGCGGGAGCCUCGGGUGCGAGAAGAGAGAGCCAGGGGUGGCUGGAUGUGAGGAAGAGCAGACUAAGGACUUCAGCACCAGAGAGCCCCCCCAAAAAAACACAGGAAGGAACCACUUGGCAGCAUUGGGUGGGUCCCUGCCUGCACCCUGGUGCUGACUGCCACUGUGCCAAGACGGUUGUGCUGGAGAGGAAGGGGCUGCUUUGCUCCCACUUUCUGACUCUGCCAGGUGGUGACUGUCUCCAGGUGUCCAUUCUCCAGCGCCCACCCCUGCUUGCUGAAGGGGCACGUGGCAGCCAAAACCAGAGUGUGAGUGCCACAAGAGAGCAGCCCCUGGCAGAGGCGGUGAUGCUGGGGUGCUCUCUUUGGGGCUCUGCACCCCCCACACCAACUAGGGGGAAGAGAGGGGCUAGGUGGCUAGAACCACUGCUGCUACUGGUGGUCUUCUCGGGCUGGGUUUUGGCUCAGCAGCCAUCUGAUUGCCCGGGACCUUGUGAGUGCUCCGAGGCAGCCAGGACGGUGAAGUGCAUCAACAAGAACUUGACGGAGGUGCCUUGGGACCUGCCCUGCUAUGUGCGGAACCUUUUCCUCACUGGCAACCGCAUCCACAACAUCUCCUCUGCCUCCUUCCCCUCGGAGUCUCUUCUGGAGCUCAGCAACCUCAACCUGAGUGGCAGUCACCUGAAGUGGGUGGAGGCUGGGGCUUUUGCCGGGCUGCCCAGCUUGAAGCAGCUGGACCUCAGCGACAAUGUCUUGCUUGGGCUCAGCCCCACGGCCCUCGGGAAUACCAGCAGCCCUUUAGAGGAGCUCAACCUGCACAACUCCCUCUCUAACAAUAGCUACGUGACCACCGUGGCCCAGCUGCUUCAGCAGGGGACUCUUCUGAACUUGAAGCGCCUGGAUCUGUCCGAGAACAACCUGCUUGACCUGCCCGUGGGCAUGUUCACUGUGCUGCCCCGCCUGCAGCACCUGGACCUGCACAACAACUCCCUGGUGGAUCUACACGACGUGGCAUUUGGGAACCUCUGUCAGCUGCAGAGCUUCAACCUCAGUGACAACUCCCUCAAACGCCUGAGGAACAGCACCCUCCUGCAGCUCCGCAGCCUUCCCUUGCUCACCAGCCUCAACCUUAACCACAACACCUGGGUCUGCGACUGUGGCAUCGAGGACCUGGUUGGCUGGCUCAAGGAGAGCAAUCAGGUGGAGGCCAAAGGGGCCCUCAAUUGCUCUUAUCCCAAAGAGAUGGAGAACAGCUCCUUGGUGAACAUUGAUGUUUCAGACCUGAACUGCCCAGAAUGGACCGAUAACCAGACUCAGCUUCAGACUUCUUACGUCUUCCUCGGGAUAGUCUUGGCUCUCAUUGGUGCCAUUUUCCUCCUGGUUUUGUACUUGAACCGAAAAGGGAUCAAAAAGUGGAUGUACAAUAUCAGGGAUGCCUGUAGAGACCACAUGGAGGGCUAUCACUACAGGUAUGAGAUCAACGCAGAUCCCCGGCUAACAAACCUCAGCUCCAGUUCUGAUGUCUGAAGAAGUGCUAUGGGGAAGCAGGCCAAGGGGCACAAUAGCUAUGCAUGGAAUGUAGACUAGCUUUAUCACACACACACACCCAUACACACAUGCUUGCUGCCCCUCAAUAUACAAUACACCCUUAGAGACAUCACAGACUUGACAUGCGCCAUACAGAGAGUUAUGCCUACCUGUACCACAAAAUCCACAAGUUAACAUUAUUAUUAUUAUCCACAGUCAAUUGUGCAUGAUAUCAGGCUGUGUGUAAGAAACAUGCUGCUGCUUCCUUGCCUGUUUGCUUUGGAACUUGCUAUUAGCAAAACAUCUCUCAGCUUCUGUGAAGGAAAAGGACAUUUUCACUCCCGCACCCCACCCUCUCCCACUCUGAUGUUCCCAAUCAUGAGGGCUUAUUAAAAAUACCAUUCAACAAA